UGAAUACACUUGAGGGACAACUUUGGUACUUAAAUACUCAUAUCUGAAGACAAGGGUACUUUUUUCCCUGGGGUUCUUUGGUUAGAUUUGAUAAAUGAAUUGAAAAAAAAGGAAAAGAAGGUUUCCUUUCCUUCCCUUUCCUCCCAAAGCAAACCUUUUAAAAAAAGGCCCAACGAGAAAAAAACCUGACUUAGCUCUGAAAGAUUAUUUUUCCUUUUAUCUUUUAUUUUUGUGGUAACAUUCUUCUCUUGAUAUUUUCUAUAGUCCCUUUGAAGUUGAGGUGAUAUAUAUUAGCAAUGGAGAAAAAAGAUGAUGAAUUGAAGAAGACUCAAGUAGUGGAAGCCCGAGCAAGAAACAUUAGUCACAAUGUUUGCUGUACAGAGUGUGGAAGUCAAUCCAUCGAAGAUUCACAGGCAGAUAUUGCAAUUCACCUCAGAAAGUUGAUUUGUGAUGAAAUUCAAGCUGGAAAGACUGACAAAGAGAUUUAUAAAAAGCUUGAAGAGGAUUUUGGGGAGACGGUACUUUAUGCCCCAAAGUUUGAUAUGCAAACAGCAGCUUUGUGGCUAUCACCGACAUCCUCACACCACCUCCUCCACAAGGUAUCACUCCUUCCUCUUGGUGGAAAAGGUGGCGAAGUCAGUGAUAUUACCUGAUAACUGUAUCUCCAUCUGAAUAGGCAAGCAACAUUGCAUCUGGCACUGAAGUACAACCAUGUCUAACUUGUAGUGACAAGAAUCUGCUCAUUUAUAUCAGUAGAUGCUCCAUUCAAAUAAUUUUGAUUGUUCAAU